AUGCGUUCUGUGAUAUUUUUGUCUUUUCUCUCUGCAGAUAAAGAUCUACAGUUUCACAUUGUUAAGCAAGCUAGAGCUCAAAGUGCGAAAGAAGGUACAGGCUACAGUGAAGGAUCUUACUCGUUACUGCCUGUAGAAGUUCCGCAAAAUCACAAGCGUUUCACCUGUGACCUGACUCAAGCUGAUCGCCUUGCUCUUUAUGAUUAUGUUGUUGAGGAAACAAAGAAACAGAGGUCUAGAUCCCAAAUCACGGAAAAUGACAGUGACCUCUUUGUGGAUUUAGCAGCAAAAAUCACCCAAGAUGACAGUCAGAAGGGUCCAAAGUCCCAUCUUGAAAUUCUGGCUGAAAUGCGAGACUACAAAAGGCGGCGGCAGUCAUACAGGGCUAAGAAUGUUCAUAUAACAAAGAAGUCUUACACUGAGGUGAUUCGGGAUGUGAUUGGUGUGCAUAUGGAAGAACUCAGCAAUCACUGGCAGGAGGAGAGUAGGUUGGAUGAUGCAGAGAUAUGUGAAGGAGGGAAGUCAAAAUCUUCAGGGAGAAAGGAAGACAGGCGGUCAGUUUCAGUGGAGUCACGACAGUCUGGAGGAAGCUAUAAGGAUACUGAACGCGCCAGACAUAGAAGAGAGAGCAGCAGGAGUCCAAAUAAACGAAAAAGGAGUCGUGAGAGAGGCAAAGACAGAGAUUCUCGGAGAAAAAGAGAGAGGGAUGAAGACAAAUAUCACAGCCAUAAAAGAAGAAAGUAGAAACAAAAACCUGAGUAUUUUGUUUGUCAGCUGUUCAAAAAAAUUACAUGCACCAGAACUAUUGUUACUGCUGUUGUGCCGGGGACAGUCAUGCUGUGUGCCUAAUACUGGUUUUGCAUCACAGCUGAGCUUGGAGACAAAAAUGCAGUAGUGUUACGGUUCAUCAGGAUGGAAGCAGUAUGUAUCAGAAAAUGCGUAAUACUAAUGCAUCUAUGAA